UCGUGGUGAAAGUAUCGCUAUUCAUUCGUCGUAUCAAAUACUAGUUAUUUUAUCUACAAGAUUUAAGAAUUAAUUUUUAUAUAAUCAGUUUGCAUUUUAAACUCUAUUUAUUCCAAUUUAUUUUGGGUGCAAUAUUUAGAUUAAAUUGAAGUGAUUUGUUGCGAAUUUCAGAUGGAGAAUGGCGUUCGGUGGCAAAGAAGAUUAUCAAAUGGUUAUAAGAUGUGGGUACUGGAUGGAAAAAGACAAAAAUUUUCGAAAACGAAUACCAAGAAAUGAAAAUAGAAAAUAAAACAAAAUCUAUAAUUAUCAAUUUAAAAGACUUAUUAAGAUUGUGGACGGAGGAAUAAAUAGCAAAGUUUAAUACCCUGAAGAUAAAACUUAGAAGAUCCACAAAAGCUCAGAAGACAGGGCGAGGUUGAUAAUAAUUCUGUUGCGGGCGUAAUCAUGUUCGGCACGAAGUUGCGCACGUGGAUGGAGGCGCAUAUCGUGCGACCGAAAAAAAAGAAGGAUAGAAAGAAAGGAGAAAAAGGCUUUGACUCAAACUGCAAUUCUCCGGGUAGCCAAAGUAACAAUCGAUCGCCAGGACUUCAUCAGGUUCAUCCAUUGAAUUCUCCAGUAAAAAACGUAGACAACAUUAUUUUAAGUAACGGAUCGACGACCUACGUGGGUGGUACUACAAAUUCUUCCUCAGAGACUUCGGGUGGAACAGGAAGUGUUAACCUUUCAUCACCGGAAAGCGCUUAUAGUACAGGAUAUUCAACGGACGGUACCUCGCCAGGGGCGAGCUUUCCACCAGAGUAUUACAUAAAUAUCAGGACGGGGACACAUUAUUUUCAAAGUAAUAAAGGGGGUAGGACCAAGAGACCCAACGAAAGUGGGGUGUUCAACGUCCCGGGAAAUGAAAAGCAGCUUGACGAAUGCAUUGAGAUCAAGACUAACAGCAAUAUUAAUAUGACACGAGAAAAUAAGCUUAUCCGAGAAGUUAAAUCAAAUACUCCCUUUAAGCAGGGUACCGAAGUAGUAGCAAAUCAUCGUAUACAACAGCAGUGUCAACUAAAUUUGCAGACUCAUCAACGGGAAUCCCCUCAACAUAGAAGAACAGACUCAUACUCAGCAUCGGAUGUAACGAUGCGAAAUAGUUUGCCAGUGCCCUCGUCAAUUCCUCCACCUCUGGUGUCUUCACCCUUAGUGCAAUCGCCACGACAACGUUCUCGCAUACGAACAAACCCAUGGCUUUCAGCCAAUUCUUCAGGAUCCAGCACCACUACGGGUGGUGCCGGUAGUGGAGGUAACGGUGGCUACAAGUCCCAUAUAACUUUAGACGAGAGUAGUAGCAGUUCCGGUCUUAAACUCACUGAGUCUUCCGGAAGUACUAGCGAUGUAAAUUUUAAUAACCAUAGGAACGGCCUUGGUAGAAGGGAUUGUCGCCAGGAAAGUCUCAGUGUUGGGCGUAGUCCAAUAAAUCAAAAUUGGAGAAUUUCGCCUGGAAUGGAAGCAAAAUCAAAAUUAUCGCAUGCCCUCAUAAGACGAAGUAGCAGUAGUUCUUCAACGUCAUCUUUAACGCAUAGCAUUCGAUCAUCUGAAGAUGACAUUACGCUUAAUGAAAUGAUGGGCAAAUUUGAUGAGAGUUACGUGUAUGAAAAGGAGACUGAUAUCCUUUCCGACAGUGAUCCAACUGAUUGUGAGGAUUAUGUCAAUAAUUCACCGUCAGAUGUAGAUACUGGUCAAGAUGGUGGUGAUGAAAAUGAUCCAUUUGAAAAUGAUGACUUUGAUUACAUUGAUAACGGGAGCCUCUUAGAUUUAGAUAAUCUUGAUGUUCAUCUACCCAACACUGGUCAUUGUACUUAUUUCACUUUUACAAGUGAACUUUCUAGACGUAGUAGCAAAAUUAGAGAGUCAUUGUUGAGAAAACGGUCUAAGGAUGAAAUUCACAGGAACUCAAGUUCAAGGAGUAAUUCAAAACGUCAAAGUCAGCGACACAAAAAAUUAGAAGACAAACCCAGUGAGAGACGCAAAAAACGCCAAUCUCAACGGAAAAAAGCUAUCCUAGACAAGUGCGAUGAAGUUACAGCCAAUAUAAACAGGGUUCUGGUAGAGAGGAUGUUGUUAAAAAAUUCAGGCUUCAAUCAAGGCAGUCGAAGUGUAGGCGGUACACCAAUUUGUCUUAGACGUCGUAGGCAUCAUGAUAUAAACGAGAAUUUGUCACCUUUGAGACAGAAUGAAGAUUAUCAAAGCUUUGUUCAACCCAGUGUUACAGAUAAUAACGUUGUUAAACGUAGGUCUAAUUCAGUGAGCUAUGUUAAUGGUAAUAUGUUAAGACAACAGAUUUCACGCAACUCUUAUAUGACAACCUUUGCAUCAGAAAUAGCUUUGAUUGAAGCAGAUAAAGAAGCAGACAAAAAAUAUCGUGAGUUAAUUCUUGAAGCUGAAAAUAUUCUCGUGAAUAUGAAAAAUACUACUACUACUACUACUACUACUACUAAUACUACCUCACCUGCUGUUCCAUCCCCUCGAAGAAUUCACAAUGGCCUUGCUAAUAAAAGAGUAGAGUUGAUAAAAAACACUGAGUUGAAUAUUGAACUCGCAUUGUCGAAAAGUCGAAAUUCACAACCGGAAUUGCAGAGUGGAAGCAUUCGAGAUUUAGAACACACUAGUCCAAAAAGACAGUUUAAUCAGCCUUGUUCACCGGUUCAUCGCUUUAUGGAACGUAAUUCAGGAAACGCUAUCAAAGAAAAUUAUCACUAUCGACCAGAAAAAAGUGCAGACUCGCCGGUGAUGACUCGUAGAAUGCUUCAAAAUUCUCCAUGUCGUAAUUUAAUGCAAAAUAGAAUGAUGAUGAUUGAACAAGAAGUACGAGAUAGAUCAAGAUCAAGAGGAAUAGAAAUAAAUAAUAUCAGAUCUUUUAGUCAAGAUAGUAGGGUAGAGUCUACUUAUUCAAGGGAACAACCAUACCCUUUAGUUCAAAAUUCUACUAGUAUAAGUAGAAAAGACCCAUUGAGACAGACGAAAGAAGAUUUCCCAACUUCUAGUUCCUCCGACUCAGACGAUCGAUGUGAUUCGAAGAAACGCACACCACUCAUGACAUUUCGGUCUGUGGACAUGGGACCGAUCAAAGAAAGCACUUACUACUGUCCACAAAGUGAGCCAGUGAAAAGAAAAGUGUAUGCAGGAAGUGCAACUUAUGGUAGAAUUCAAAAAACUUUGGGUGAAAGACAUGUAGUUUUAAGAAACUCUGAUGGUGAUACUGCUACAGACGAUACAGAUGAUUCCAGAAGAACAUUACGUGAGAAAAUAGUACAGCUUCGUCAAGAAAGAAUGAUAGCAGAUGCAAAUCUCAGUGCACAAGACUCUCAACUCUUUCAGCAUCAUCUAACACAACUCCGGAGGCAGAUGUUAAUGCAUACAAUCGAGGGCCUAAAGCGCAGCCUCGAGGAUCAAUCGGCUACUCUAAAACAGACGUGCCUGCAGGACACGAUCCUACACGACGAGUUGCCUUGAAUCGAUACUUUACUCGAAUUUUAUCUCUCAAAGAACUGCUUUUUUUACCGAAUCUAAUCGUCUAUAGGUACUCAAGGGUUUUAAAAAAACCUGCAGGGAGACUCAUAUAUUUUUCUGGUUGUCUACAACAUGAGGAAGAUUAAAGAGAAAUCAGAUUUCUAUGACGUGUUACAGAAAUAUUUUCAGGGUAUUUUUCCUGGUGGUUUGCACUUUUUACAAAAGCGAUUAAUAUUAUUGUGAUAGUCUGAAGUUUUAUAUAAGAUAGAGCUUUGGGAUCGCACUUGAGAAUAUUUCGGAACUAUAUAUUCUUUUUUCACUGAUUUUGUUGAUCUAUCCAACAGGGUUUUAAUUCGGGCCUAUCUAAGUGUUCAUUUUUUAUAUAUAAUCUAUGCUGAAAGUUUAUUAUCAAAUUGUAAUUCUUAUCUAUAAUGCAAAUUGAGAUCAGGAUUCACUUAAACUGAUUUAAUCUAUUAAUUUUCUCUAUCAGACAUAUUUUUGAUUAAAUUUCUCAGUAUCAAAGUAUCUUUUUAUUUCAAAUAUAACAUUCUAUAAAAUUCUAAUCAUUACAUUGAUAAUUAUCUAUCUUAAUUUUAAUCAAAUAGAAGUUAUCAUAAAGAGAAAAAAUUAACUUUGAAAUGACUCAAAUCAUCACUGAAUAAGGGUAUAUGGCCCAGAUAAUUAUAAAUAUAUUAUUUGACACCCUAAGUGAUAUAACUUUAUUAAAACCAAAUGGAUGUCAUACGAAGUUCAACAGCUGGAUAUAUAAAGUUAUUAUUGACUUAUAAGAAUGGAUGACCGAGAUUAUUCCUCACAAUAGACCAUUGAAUAUAAAAUACAAGUAUUAUUUCUGUUGAAUGGUUUUCAAUAAUUUCUUUCAUGUGAAAAUGUUCAUGGUAAGUUGUCAUUUACAAUGUUCCUACUUCAUGUGUCGAUACUUGUCAUUAAUAAAUAAUCAACCAUGACAUUUUUCAUGUUUAUCGAUAGGAUAUUAAUUCUCUCCAUCAGUAUACCAAAGAUAAUAAAGUAGAAACUAGAACAAAAACAAAAUAUCUUUGCUUCAUUAGUAAAAAGAAAUAAAUAUUCUGACUCAGUAUAGCGUAACUAUUCUCUUUUAAAAUUUAAUUCAUUAUUCAAAGAAUAUUCAUUAGAUUUUAAUAAAUUAUUUUUAUUAAUCAAGAACUGUAGAAUGUAGUUAAUUUAAGUCUUACUUUAACAUCUUUCAGUGACAGUGAUAUUUUUGUGAGAAUAGACUGAUAGAUUUACUACGAUUAGAUUUAUUAAUUAUUAGAAUAUCAUUUCUAUGUGAUUUAACUUAGGAUAUUUACGUUACAUAAGCAAUAGAUUAAUUGCUUAUCAAUGCAAUAUUCAU